AUGACCAGUGACUUGGAGUCACCGCACGGCCAAUUCUCCGAACAGUCCCCGUUAAUAGCAGAGCCGAGAGAGUACGAUAGCGAUGAUGCUGCUCCAACCACGCUCUCCCGGAAGCGCACGGUUGCCGUUACUAUCGUAGUGACAUGUCUGCUGUUUAUUCAGUUGGGUUUGCUGAUUACAGCUAGCGCGAGGACGGUUUCAGACUUCAUAAUUGGUCGGAUUCUGGCUGGAAGCGGAGCUGCGGGGAUAUAUUCUACACAAGCAAUUAUUGUGUUAGAACUGUGUUCAAAGAAGCGACGAGGACUGUUCCUUGGAUGUCUUUAUACCAUCAUCACGACUGGUGUUGCAGCUGGCGCUAUCUUGGCUGGUGCCCUGACGCCAAAAUAUGGAUGGGAACAGCGCCUCAUAUAUUAUAUUCAAUCUCCAAUAUGUCUUGUUAUCACUCCUAUUUUAUAUUUCUCGAUUCCUCCGACUGGUGGGGAAAAGGUGGCCGGUCAUGAGGGGAAUACAUUCUUUAGGAAACUUGCUCGAAUUGACUACCUGGGUAUUCUAACACUGACUUCAGCCAACCUAACAUUGCUCUAUUCCCUUUCGAGCUCUACUAUCCCGUUUUCAUUCCUUGCGGCUUCUCUGCUCCUAUUCGUCAUUUUUCUCAUCGUUGAGUCAUCGCCCAAAUUCACUACCGAGCCUAUUGUUCCGGUAACUAUCCUUCGCUCUCGUGGUGUUUUACUAUCCGGUAUUUCAUCAGGUGGCCUGAUGAUGGCCCGUUGGGCAGUUCUCUUCUAUUUGCCUGUUUACGGCAUUGCUGUUCGUGGCUGGAGUCCGGCACAAGGCGGUAUUAUCAUGAUUCCAACAAACGCUGGUUUUGCCCUAGGAGGGCUCAUUGUAGGUUGGAUACAUAUUCGGAAAGCGCGGAGUUAUUAUACAUCAACGUUGAUAGUCAGCGUAUUUUUUGGGCUGAGUCUUCUAUUGAUUGCCAUGAUCUCAACUCCCAACUCGUCCAUUGUGCUAUAUGCAUUUGCGAUAUUCGUCAAUGGAUUCACGAGCGCUGCGUAUCUAAACUACAUGGUAUCUCAUCUACUACAUAUCACCUCCCCAUCAUCGCAUUACAUUGUCACAGGUCUUCUGGCGACAUUCAGGUCUCUUUCUGGCAGCUUCGGAUCUGCAAUUGGUGGUGGGAUUUUCUCGCGUGUAUUAAAGGCCCGUCUUGAGGCUGGUUUCUAUGAUGGCGGGUAUCAUGAUCAUGAUGACGGUAGGCAGGAACUUAUUAGAAAGUUACUGGGCAGUCCUGCCCUGGUAUGGCAACUGGAAGGAUAUGAGAGGGAAACUGCAAUUACUGCAUAUCAGAACUCUUUAAGGAUGAUGUUUCUGGUGGCUGUCGCGCUGACCGUGCUAAUGACGUUUGUGCAGGCUGGCACAGGAUCGAGUGCCCCUGUUGAUUCUGCAAAGUCGGACGACGGUCUUGAGAGUGAAGUCAACCAGGGUACGGGGAACGAAACCUGA